AUGCGGUUAGCUCAGGAUGGAAAUACCCCUGGAGGUUCCACGUAUGAUCAUGCUCGGGCCUAUCGCUCGAUGAACCCUCAUGGGCCAGGCCCCCUCCACUCGCGUGGGCUUCGGACUGCGCCUUCUGCUUCUGCUGUCUCUGCUGCCAGGAGACGAGGACUCGAGAAGCGCACGGCUUCACCUAAAAAACUACGCAAACCUGGCUCUUUACAAUCCGCCUACUUGAUUGCCCAAGCCGACUCGCAAUGCUUUCAUGCUCUCCCCGCUAAACUGCAGCAAAAGUUGUUCUCCCCUGAAGAACGUCGUCGUUUUCGUCUUACUUAUCGGGAAAGCGUCAUUCUCGACGCUGCCGACGAGGCAUUUUAUAGACGGGAUCAUCUACGGCAUCAAUUCUCCUCCGACUCUCUUCGCUCUGGUCCAGCUCUCUCCAUUGACCAUCCAACAACAACUUCGGUCUUUUGGGAUUCCGAUUCCGAUUCUGACUUGGAUCUAGACGACGAAGAGCACGAGCACGACUCCAAGAUGGAUCAAUCAAUUUAUGAUAGUUUCCGCUGGCUCGAUGCCGAUGGAGAUUUGGACUUAUCCCUGGACGAGUACCAUGCUCAUAUCGCCGAUGCAGCCACCAAUAAACCAUUUCCUCGACGUCGUCCCUCGUUUCGUCGCUCAUUAUCCUUUUCAACACACGUCGCAAAGCACCGACAGACAGCAUCAGUACCACCUCGAAGCAUCCCUCCAAGUCACUCAUUACCCCCAUUGGCACCUGUCGUCAACCACAAUUCCUCUUCUCGUCCACCCUCUCGCCAUCAAUCCAACAGCCAACAUGGUUCUAAAUCCUCCACUUCCAGCAUUGACCCCUCCGCCCAAUACUACCAAGACCCCGACGCUCGUUUGAAACUGCGUGUUUAUUUGGCUUCCCCCCAGAAAUUUGAUGAAGCCAUUGAGUUUGGAUUCCCCGCCUUGGACCAAGACAAGGAAAAUGUAGCGCCUGACGUGAACUCUCUCUCACCGGUUUCUCCGGUCUCGAUCAGUCGGGAAUAUGCGGGCACCUUCUUUGAGGAAGACGAUGGGACAAUGGUCGGCACACCUGGUGGCUCUGUCGUCGAAGUGCCUGCUCCAUCGAUGGCUUCCCAAAUGCGAGAGACUCCUCGUCCAUCCAUAGAUACCCCUUCUCUCUUACAACGACGCCAAUCUUUCCUGCCUGGAUCCAGAUCAGGACCUCAGCGACUCCCGGGUAAUCGAGAGAUGACCCUGAAAAUGACAUUGACCCGACCGGACUUGCGCACCGAGUCCCCCACUUCGAUUCCUUCUCCGAAUGAGGACCCUCUCCGCCUGGCAGCACUCCCACCUGCCGACCGCAGCCAACACAUUUGGGAUGAUCUGGAUGACGAACAAGGCAUGGUCAAGAAGAUGUGGCGUAGACUGCGUCGUCGAAACUAA